AUUUCUAUAACUUAACCCUCUCUCUCUCUCUCUCUCUCUGAUUUAAAUGUGCCACCAUCUACUCUUCUCUUUCUCCCUGGGCAAUCUUUGCUCUUUAUGAAGCUUUAUAGUUACUCCCACUCUCUCUUUAUUACCCAUUUUCUUGUUCCUGUCCCCUCUUGCUUCCGUGACCCUUUGACUGCUGCUUCACAUCUUCUCUGCCACUUCAGUUUCUAGUCUGAAACUGGGUUCUUCAGCUCUCUUUCAAGUCAUUUUCCUUGCAUAGCAACACCUCCUCUUCCUCCAUGUGAGCUCUUAUCUCCAUUGCCAGGGUUGGAGAUCACAUCACCAGAGAAAGUUCUGAUUUUUGAGGUGUUGCAAGCUCUUUUCUGAAGUUAGUGCAUCUGCGCAAAUGGGUGCUUCAGGCAAAUGGGUGAAAGCUCUCAUAGGUCACAAGAAGCCCGAGAAAGAAGACCAUCAAAAGGGAAGCUCUAAGGGCAAGAAAUGGAAGCUAUGGAGGGGCUCAUCAGGAGAUCUGGGGUCCUCAUGGAGUGCAUUUAAAGGGAAGCACUAUGCAGCAUCUGAUGGGUCUAACAAUGGUUCAUCACCAGGUCUUGCUAGUGCCUUUUCUGCUGCAAUGGCAACAGUGGUUCGAGCUCCUCCGAAGGACUUCAGGGUUGUGAGGCAGGAAUGGGCUGCCAUCAGGAUACAGACCGCUUUCCGUGGAUUCUUGGCCAGAAGGGCAUUGAAGGCCUUGAAAGGAAUCGUGAGGCUUCAAGCUUUGGUUCGUGGGAGACAAGUGAGGAAGCAGGCGGCCGUCACACUGAGAUGCAUGCAGGCUCUUGUUCGAGUCCAGGCCCGUGUGAGGGCACGCCGUGUCCGAAUGUCCAUCGAGGGCCAGGCAGUGCAACGAAUUCUUGAUGAGCAUCGAAGCAAGGCUGAUCUCUUAAAACAAGCUGAGGAAGGGUGGUGUGAUAGUAAGGGAACACUUGAAGAUGUCAAAGCAAAGUUACAAAUGAGGCAAGAAGGGGCUUUCAAAAGAGAUAGAGCAAUUGCAUACGCCCUUGCUCAAAAGUGGAAAUCAAAUGGCGAUGCAAAUUCCAGACCACUUGGGUCAGCGCCCGCUCUCAAGUCGUAUGAGUUUGACAAAAACAGCUGGAACUGGAGCUGGUUAGAACGGUGGAUGUCGGCCAAGCCAUGGGAGACCAGAUUGAUGGAACAAUCCCACUCCGACCAGUUGGAAACAACUGCUGCUCCGAAGACUUUCUCAGACUCUCCUCUAGGCCCACAAUCAAAAUCUUUCGAACCACCUUCUGUUAAAGUUCGGAAGAGUAACAUGACCACUAGAAUUUCUGCAAAGCCUCCCCUAGCUGGACGUGCCACUCGGUCAUCCUCGAGCCCGAGUUCUGACUACCUCUAUGAUGAGAGCUCGCCUUCAUCUUCAUUUUGUAUGUCUAUGACCCCGUCCUCAGGAAACAAUGGCUUGAUGUCGGAGAAAUUGGAUGGUAGUAGCCAUGGGAAGCCAAGUUAUAUGAACUUGACCGAAUCUACCAAGGCAAAGCAGAAGACCGGAAGUCAUCUGUCAAGGAGGGUGCAGAGACAAUCCAUGGAUGAGUUCCAGUUUGUUGCACUUUCAGCAGGGUUAUGCGGCAAUGGGGAUUUGAAAAGCGGUGCUGGUUGUGACCCCUUGUUGAUGAAUUUCUCGAGGCCACUUAAUCAGAUGACCGGGUUGGAUAGGAAUUUGAAGGUGAUGGAGAGGGAGAAUUGCUUGUAUUAUUAGAGAUUCACGUAGUUGUCCUUUUUGGGCUUUUGGUUCUUAUUUGUGGGUAAUGUAAGCUCAACAACUUGGUGGUUUCAAAGAGUUCGGUGUGUUACUUGACCUGUAAACAGUUCUUCCUGUAAUUUUUUGCAUUUGAAGAUCUAGCACAAAACCAACUGAAA